AUGUCAAAGGACGUCCAACUGCUGUCCAAGGACGUCCAACUGUUGUCCAAGGACGUCCAACUGUUGUCCAAAGACGUCCAACUGUUGUCCAAGGACGUCCAACUGUUGUCCAAAGACGUCCAACUGUUGUCCAAAGACGUCCAACUGUUGUCCAAAGACGUCCAACUGCUGUCCAAGGACGUCCAACUGUUGUCUAAGGACGUCUGUGAGGGUCACGGCUCUAGAGAGAGCAGGUCCAACGCAAUAGAUGGAUUCUGA